GAGCUUUGGAGCGCUGCGCCUCCUGGCUUCUUUCUUUCUUUUUUUCCCCUCACAGCCUCAGCUCUUCUUCUCCUUUGCCUCUUUUUGAUUCUUUUUCUCCUCCCAGGGAGUAUGAUCAAGCCCUUGGAUGCCAGGGGCUCAGCAGGGAUGCCCCUCCGGGACGGUGGCCCUGCCAUCCCUCCAGCCCCGCGCCCUUUGGACAAGAAGGAUGUGGAGCUCAUCUUGGUCAAGGAGCAGAACGGCGUCCAGUACACCAGCACCAGCCUGUUGGAGAGGGACAGCCCUGCCAACAACACCAUCCCCUACAGCUCUCCAGAGGCUGCCCUGCCCGAUCGGGAGACCUGGGCCAAGAAGAUCGACUUUUUGCUCUCGGUGAUUGGCUUCUCGGUGGAUCUGGCCAAUGUCUGGCGGUUCCCUUACCUCUGCUACAAGAACGGAGGCGGUGCUUUCCUCAUUCCUUAUAUCCUCUUCCUCGUCAUUGCCGGGAUGCCUUUAUUCUAUAUGGAACUAGCACUGGGUCAGUAUAACAGAGAAGGAGCUGCCACGGUAUGGAAAAUCUGCCCGCUUUUUAAAGGCGUGGGCUAUGCGGUGAUACUCAUAGCACUCUAUGUGGGCUUCUACUACAACGUUAUCAUCGCCUGGUCUCUAUAUUACCUGUUUUCAUCAUUCACAUUUGGGGAGCUGCCUUGGACGAAAUGUGGCAAUCCUUGGAACAGCCCAAAUUGCACGGAUCCCAGAAACGCCUCAGCAUUUGUCCCUGGGACCUCUUAUUCCAAGUACAAGAUUACGCCUGCAGCUGAAUUUUAUGAGCGGCAUGUUUUGCAGCUUAAUGAAAGCAGUGGCAUUCAGGACAUUGGCUUGCCGCGAUGGCAGCUCGUACUGUGCCUCUUUGUGGUCGUGAUUGUCCUUUUCUUUAGCCUGUGGAAAGGUGUGAAGACUUCAGGAAAGGUUGUAUGGAUUACAGCCACAUUGCCUUACGUUGUGAUAUCUGUACUGUUAAUCCGUGGACUGACUUUGCCUGGUGCAUUUGAUGGAAUCAAAGCAUACCUCAGCAUAGAUUUGAGAAGAUUAAAAGAAGCCACAGUAUGGAUUGAUGCAGCUACACAGAUAUUUUACUCUUUAGGAGCUGGGUUCGGGGUCUUAAUUGCUUUUGCCAGCUACAAUGAAUUUAACAACAAUUGUUACAGGGAUGCCCUGAUGACCAGUACUAUCAACUGUGUCACCAGCUUCAUCUCGGGGUUUGCCAUUUUUUCUAUCUUGGGCUAUAUGGCACAUGAAUACAAAGUCGACAUUCAAGAUGUGGCCACUGAAGGACCUGGAUUAGUUUUCAUCCUUUAUCCAGAGGCAAUUUCAACACUGAAAGGAUCAACUUUUUGGGCAAUUGUCUUUUUCAUCAUGUUGCUUACACUGGGCAUUGACAGUUCUAUGGGGGGCAUGGAAGCUGUCAUCACAGGCUUAGCAGAUGACUUCCAGAUCAUAAAAAGGCGCCGGAAACUUUUCACAUUCUGUGUCUCUUUUGGCACGUUCCUUCUUGCUCUCUUCUGCAUCACGAGUAGUGGAAUCUAUGUCCUUACUCUGCUCGACACUUUCGCCGCAGGAACGUCCAUCUUGUUUGCUGUCCUAGUGGAAGCCAUUGGCGUUUCUUGGUUUUAUGGUGUGGACAGAUUCAGUGACGAUAUCCAACGAAUGAUGGGUUUCAGGCCAGGUCUCUACUGGAGAUUGUGUUGGAAAUUUGUGAGUCCAGCCUUUUUGUUGUUUGUGGUGAUAGUCAGUGUUACAACUUUCAAACCUCUGACCUACGAUGAGUAUGUCUUCCCACUUUGGGCCAAUUCUGUUGGAUGGGGUAUAGCAUCGUCUUCAAUGAUCCUUGUGCCUGUAUGCAUCCUCUAUAAAUUACUGAAAGCACAGGGGACCUUUAAACAAAAACUAGCCUACUGCAUCACACCUGAGAAUGAACACCAUCUUGUAGCACAAGGGAACGUGAGACAGUUUAAGCUCCAACACUGGCUAUCUAUAUGAUGACAGAAAUAUCCAAAGAAAAGUCAGUAUAUUAUAAAGCUGUAUUGGGAAUACCUGAGAAAUCACCAUCAACGUUCUCAACCAUGUCUGGUCCUAGUUGGCUGGCUGGCUGGCAGGCAAGGAAGAUCAUCUCCAGGUUACUGUAGGUGACAAUUCACCUUCCACUCUCUGGGUCCUGGCCAUCUAAAUUUUCCUCAAAUGAGUUUCUCAAAUGGCUUGUACUGUUCUUUUUUAUUUAUUUAUUUUUUAAUUUAUUAGAAUGUGGUGAUCAGCAUGUGCUGACUUUGAU